AUGGAUACCAAUGGCCAGAUCCGAUUAACAGCAGAGCCAGGCAGUGAAGACAAUGCGCCGUCUCAGGGGGCGGUAGAAGCAGGUGUAUCAGCACCAAGACCACCUUCGCAACCACUCGUUGAAGGACAGCCCGAAUCGCCUAGGAAAAAGUCAGUAAUUGGAUCCGUUGCCAAUAUAUCGCAGAGUCGCAAGCCAUCUGUUAUAAAGUCGGCCAGUCCAGGCAGAUCUGGAAGUCGUAAUUUGAUUGCAUCAAAGACAGCCCUUAAUGAUACUACGACAACAACUGCAACCGCAACAAAUGGAUCAACAAACAAGCUGAAAGGAUCUACAAAUGUUUUAAAUAAAUCAAUGGGUAAUCUGCAGAAGGAUCGGUCGAGGAGUACGACUGAAAAGGCAGCCACACCGUUACUUCCUCCUCCUGUUGCACCUGUUGCUGCUGGAAUAAUACCAACGGAGGGCGUCCUUCCCGUCUUUAUUACUGGCCCGACCCAGGAAAUGUUCAAGAUUAAAGGAUCUGAAGAUGUCACGAGAGAAAGACCGUUUAGAUUGAUUCCAAAGGUGGACCUGUUGGCGGAUAUAACAGCUCGAAUCGCUAUUUCGGAUUGGUAUCCCAUCAAGAAGGAGAUCAUUGAUUAUCCUCAGCCAGAGAUUCUGGUUCACUGGGAUCCAGAUUUCAAAUUGGGCCAGAAUUAUUUUAUUUGCACUACAGUUGCUGCUGCUGACUCUAUUAUGAAUCCCAUCGUGUUGCCCGCGCUUGGUAAAGAGAAUAGUGCAACCAAUAUUGCUCCGAAAGAACGAAAAUGGACUAGUCUUGGAAGUGAAGCGGAAGUUGAAGAAGAAUGGGCUCAACCGAAGAGUGAACCGAUUCAAAUACAGUUAUCACGUAAACGGAAGCUCUUUGGGGCUACCUGUACAUUUGUAGAUAGAGAAGCUUCAGAUGGAUAUACUGAAAUUAAACCCGUCAAAGAUCCAGCACCUGAUAUUGCAAAGUCGGAAUUGAACAAAGGUGUACAGGCCAUACCACAAGUGACAACAACAGCAGCCCAAACUGCUUGGUUUAGGCCGCAGAAUUUUGCAUCACAAUAUCAACCAAUCACGCUUCCAGUAUCCGAGUGUGACCGAAUCGUCAGCACAGAAGAUAUGAAACAAUUUGUAAAAUCUGUCAGUGUUCGUUUUGAACGAGCCUUGCUCCAAAAUGAUAUGUUUGAUAUCUUUGCUGAUGAUUAUCAGGAAUUGGGAGACGACGAUUUCGCCUUGGAACAAGGUGGAUCACAAGCUCAUCUGCAGGAAUAUCAAUCAUUUACAGAUUUGAGACAUAGUAAAGACCGAACCAUAUCUUGCAUUGCUUGGCAUCCUAUACAAAAGGGUAUUGUUGCUGUAUCGUGUGAGCAGCGUGUCACGCUGGAUGAACGUAUAGAAAUGGGACCGUCGUCUAGAUCUCGUCAAGCAUUAAUCCUGAUAUGGUCGUUCCAUGACCCUAUACAUCCACAACUCAUAUUGGAAGCACCCGACGAUGUGCAUUGUUUUGCAUUCGCUCCCCAUGAUCCAAGUAUUGUAGCGGCUGGUUGUAUUAAUGGACAGGUAGCUAUUUGGGAUCUAAGUGAUUUCCAGGACAAGCUACGGGUUGGGCGCCGUGCACGUUCUGCUGGUGGUAAUAGUGGUAAUAGUGGUGAAUCUGAAGUAUCCGCUGGUCAUACGGCUGCUGCUACAUCUGCCAUUGGCGCUGGUAAAGCACCCGAGAUACCUAUAUGUCAUUGGGCAGCUGCUUCGUCUAUAGAGUCAGGACAUCGUAUGGCUGUUGGUGAUUUGAUUUGGUUUCCGAAAGGCAUGGAGCUAAACUCACAUACUGGAGAGAUUGUCGAAACAUCUGACGGUAGUCAUCGUCAAUUUAUGACUGCCGCACUAGAUGGACAAGUCUUGUUCUGGGAUGUUCGAACUCGAAAGGAUUUCCGUAGCAUGGAUUUAGUUUGGAAACCAUUUUGGCGUAUUACUUUGGCUCCUUCUGAUGGUGCAUUCGAGUAUGGGCUGACCAAGCUUGCUAUUCGUGGGCCUGUGAGAGAACGAAAUGAUGCCAAGGGGUCUCAAAAUAUGUUGGCUGUCCAUUCCGACAAGAUUUUGGAGAAGGCCAUCUCUAAAUUCUUUUGCGCUACAGAGGAAGGAGAUUUACUGUACGCGGACUGGUUGUCAGAAAAGUCCGACGAGAAAGCUCCAACAUCACGCAUCGAAUCAACGCUUCCCGCUCAUCCUGGGUGUAUAUCAGAUUUGCAGCGUUCUCCAUUCUUCCCAGACAUUCUUCUUUCAGUUGGUGGAUGGACGUUUAGUAUCUGGAAGGAAAAAGUUACAACUGGACCGUUGCUGACGUCAGCUCCCUCAUCAACGUAUCUAAUAUCUGGUCGAUGGUCACCGACACGUCCAGGUCUCUUUUUCAUUACUCGUGCGGAUGGAGCAAUUGAGAUAUGGGAUUUGAUGGAUCGAUCUCAUGUCCCCUCGUCAGUUCAAACCGUUUGUUCUGCUGGAAUUGCUAGUAUGGAGAUUCAUCAGUAUGGUGGCAAAGCCUCUGAGAGGAGGCAGUUUAUUGCUGCUGGAGAUGAUGAUGGCUCGCUUCGAAUUCUGGAGGUCCCACGAGGGCUUUCUAAGGCAGCUAGGAAUGAGCGCUCAUUCGUAGCCAGCUUUUUUGACCGUGAAGUCAAACGACUCGAUUACGUUCAAGAACGUAAAAAGAUGCGAACCAACGAUAAAACCAAGUUUGAUGCCGAAGCCUUGGCAGCCAAAGCAGCUGAGGCUGCUGCUGUCGCUGCAGGUGGUGGUGCUAAUGCUGCGGCUGGAGCUGCACCAGCUGCUGAAUCAGAGACCAAGGAAGGAGAGGAUGAUCGGAUUGAAAAAGAGUUUAAAGAAAUGGAGAAACAGUUUCUUGAGAGUUUGGGACUGCCUGUUGAGGCGUAA